UAGCAAGGUGGCGAAAACAACACCGUCCCGGCUACAGUUUUGUUAGCUUGCCCGGCCUUUGCUGCACUACAUCAGCAAUCUUGGGACAAAGCCCGAUCACUGAUCGAUACGGGCAAACAAGUCGGUACGCCGUUCCCUGGUGACAUGGCAGACGGAAAGUAUGCUAAUACAGUCCUACAGGGCAAAGACAGAAACGAGAAAAAAACAAGGACUUACUUUUGGAAAAAAAUGUGCGAUACAAAAAGGCAAGGUCUAGAAUUAUUUGACAGUGAUCAAGGACCCGACCGCAUUGAGGUAUACCACUUUGAAAAGACCAAUGAAUAUCUGUGUGCACGGGACGCCACAGGAAUAACGCACGUGGAGCGUGCGGCUCGAUACCUCCGGCGACCCGCCACUGCCUUGCUGUCUGAGCUACUAGCCGUGCCGCGCGUUCUGAUUGCCGUACCGGUUGCGAUAGUAUUGCAGAUUGAAAGGUGCAUAUUAUUGGGAGUGCGCAGCGUAAUGACGGGUGCUCUACAGGCCGCGUCGGAUCAGUUGCUGAAACCGACUUUAGCAGUAGCUUUUAACGCGAUAGUGCAGCCGCCUUUAGUAUUCGCAACACAAACGGCUAGCGCGCUCCGCGAAGUUAUGCGUCCCCUCACACUCGCACUUGCCGACGUUCUUGAGCCAUUCACACGCCUGGUGUCUUCACUGCGCCUCAUCCAUAUCGAACGUCGAUGUACAUGUACUCACCAAGUGUGAACU